AUGCUGCGUGCUAUACUACCUGGGGUUCUAGCGAGAGGCAAUCAAGUCCGCUGCUUCUCUAGAGCUCCUUGUCUACGCAGCGAGAGAAGGUACCCCUCCUUUGUCCACCAUGCCUUGAAGGAUAACACCUCAAAGGCCGAUGACAGGAAGAGUCUACCGACAAUCCGAAAACCAAUCUUGAUUCUCAGUCCAGAACAGACUGAAGACAAGAAGUACAAUAAACUUCUUCGGAAAUUCAACAAUAAACCAAGAAGAAAAUUGCAUAAGCCAGAUAUGGACUUCAUAGAUGAAAACUCCCGUGGUGAAGACAGUCCACCUUCCAACACCCCAGAAUCCCUUUCAGUGGCUAUUGAGCUGUUCAGACCGUCUGCUAAGAAAGUCAGUCAAGUGAAGAAGACAGCUAUUCUGCAUAAACUUAGUAAAGCGUUUAGAAAGUCACAAAUGCAAACAUACAUAAAGUGGAAGAAUCCUGAUCUCACAGGAUACAAGGGCUUGAAUAAAGAGAAAUUGGCUACAUUCAUCAUUGAGAGAGUAUGGAGCACUGACAUCAAGGAAAACUCUGACGUGGAAGACUUCCAUAUCACUGAGUCUGUGUCUUUGACAGCGCUUGAGAUCUCGCUUCUUCUUUUAUCCAACGGCAGAAUUCUCAAUCACAUCCAGAAUGCAGUGUCAAAGAUCGAAUUCGACAUCGAAACAUAUAAAUUAAUGCUUACUGGAACUGCUGAGCAGGUGGAAAACGCAAAGAUAAACUUAUCUCAGAGCUUAGAGAAUGUCCACAAAGAAGAAAUUGACCUUUCUGCAGUGAGAGAGCUCGCUAUGAAGCUUCAUGGUCGUUUUGAUGUUGAAGAAGUCGGCAAAUAUACCGAUGUUUGCUUCGAGCAUCUCCGUGACGAAACCUUUGAUCUCUUUGCGUUGAACAAAAACCAGUUAAAGAGAACCAAGCGUCUUGUAUUGUGGCUUUUGAACUAUAACCUUCAUUAUAAAGAAUUUUUGCAUUUACCCAAAGACUCUUCCACACGCAUGCUUCCCUUCAAGCAUGAUGAGUCACUUGCAUGGAAAGAUAGAUUCAAGGAGCUUUAUGUGUUGGAGAACCAGGGCGGUAAACCUAACCAGCUUCUCCUUGACGAGCUCGAAAAGUUCUCGGACGAGUCUUUGGCCAGCAUUGACUUGGAAAACGAUGAUUUAUUUGACGAAGAAAAUUCAUUCGCUCAGAAGGACUCUGACGGCAGUCUUGAUAAAAUCAGUGAUCUCCUUGGUUUAAUGGGCGUUGAAGACGAAUCGGUGAAGUUGGCUCCUCCUGUUGAACAAAAGACAUCUCAAGUUGAGAUUUCUGAACAGCAGAGAGACCAAAUCUACAAAGAACUCACCAACUUCGAUUAUAAGAGCAGCCUUCCAGGUGUUUCCCAAGAAAAUAUGGACCCCAAGUGUUUUACCGUGACGCUUGGUAACGUCCUUUUUGAAAAACCAAAGGAGCCACAUGGUGUUAUUCCACAAGUUGCCCUGGUUGAAGACCACAAGCUGGUUCUUUUCAACUCAAAUAUCACAUUCGCUCACGAUAAGUUACUUGCCAUGCAAUCAGAUCACGAAAGCAGUACCUACAAAGACCCACACGACUAUAGAUUACAAUUCAAGUUCACGCCGUCGCCAUUCCUGCAAAGCUCUGACUUUAGCAACACCGCAGAUGCGAUGAACUACCCGCCAAUUGAGAUUUGGGCUAAGGUAAAGAAUAAUGUCACGCCUGACUUGGACUCGCUCCAUCUAGUCUCUGUGGAAGGUGAAAACUCCAGUUUUGUUUGUUUACCGCAAGCUAAGAGCGACUUGAAGAUCACUUGCCAGAGCACAGGCCAACUUUUAGCUAACCAUGACCUUGAUAAUGAGGACUCGUCAUCGGCAUCAGAAGCCCUUCUGUCUACUAGUGGAAGGUACAAGCAGCUUGAACAACAGCCUGGUGUCAUGGAGUUUUUCCAAUCGUCCCACUUGAACUUUAGCGGAAAGAGACCCAUCUCCAUUGCACCAACUAUUGACAUUAUGGUCAAUGGAGAGAAAGUACGUUACCACUACCUCAACCUUUUCUACCGCCGAGAAAUCAUGUUUCUUUUACCACGAGCCGAUGGAUCCGACCUGAUGGUUGACGUCUGUGUGGUUGAUGGUGGCAGCCUCGGAGGAAAGCGCACUGAGAUCAGAUUUGCCGGCAGCCAACAUGGCACCACCCGAAAGGACUUCGACGAGCUCCUCGACCAGGUGCUUGAAUUCGUCAACACCUUGUAG